UACGGAUUUUAAGCUAUAGAAAAACACUUUUAACAAUGUUGUACCUUUAUCAAAGCUACCUUUCGUAUUCUACUUUCAUUAACUAAUGUUAAUUAAUAUGAAAUAAAAAAUUAUAAAACAUUGACUGGGUUUUAAAUUUUAACCGAGCUUGUUUUUCUUUUUUGUGUGCUUGAGUCAUCUGUCGUGAAAACCGGUUUCCAUUUAAAUCAACUGCUUAUAGAUUAUGUGGGAUAUAUAUUUAUGUUUCCAUCAGUAAUUUUUAUAACAUUUUAAAAUUAAUUUCUUCAUAUUGUUUUGAUUAUAUCAUUUUAAAUUGUAUAUUCUUUAUCCAUCUAAUAUUCAUAAUAAUUUCUAUGUUUCUCUAGGAAGAAAACUGUAGCUGCUCCAGUAAUUUAAUCCUAUUCAUCAAGAUGUAUAUAGCGUCUAGGGCCUCUCUUCACAAUAUGUUCAAGAAAUACCUCAGAUACUACGGAUCUAAAGUCUGUAAUGGCAAAAGCAAUUGUGGAGCAUCAAAAGAAAGUUAAAGAGUUUCGAGAAGUUUAUGGAAGUAAAGUAAUUGGAGAGAUAACAAUUGAUCAGGUUUAUGGUGGAAUGAGAGGUAUGAAGAGCCUAGUCACUGAAACUUCACAUCUAGAUCCUGAAGAUGGAAUUGAGUUUCGGGAUUUUACCAUUCCUCAGAUAAAAAAAUUACUGCCUAAAGCUCCAGGUGGUGAACAGCCUUUACCUGAAGGAUUAUUUUGGUUACUUUUGACUGAAGACAUUCCUAAUGCAGAACAGGUUCGAUCUGUAUCAAGACAGUGGGCACAAAUGGCUGACUUACCACCUCAUGUUGUUACAAUGUUAAAUAAUUUUCCUUCCCAUUUGCAUCCCAUGUCUCAGUUCAGUGCUGCAAUUACGGCAUGUCAAACUGAAAGUAAAUUCCUGAAAGCAUAUUCUAGUGGUGUAUCAAAAGCAAGUCUAUGGGAGUAUGUGUUUGAUGAUGCGAUGGAAAUGAUUGCAAAACUGCCAACUAUUGCUGCUAUCAUAUACAAAAAUAUGUACCGUGGAGGUAGUCCAAUAUGUGCAGUUGAUAUUGAUAAAGAUUGGUCAUAUAAUUUUACUGAAAUGUUAGGAUAUGAUGAUCCUGAUUUUACUGAAUUAAUGAGACUUUAUCUAACAAUUCACAGUGACCACGAGGGUGGUAAUGUAAGUGCCCAUACUACUCAUUUAGUUGGAAGUGCUUUGUCAGACCCGUACUUAUCAUUUGCUGCUGGAAUCAAUGGACUUGCAGGGCCUCUUCAUGGAUUAGCCAAUCAGGAAGUCCUUGUUUGGUUGACAAAACUUCAGGAACAAUUGGAAGAUGACUUUAAUGAAGAUAGAGUAAGAGAGUUUAUUUGGAACACCUUAAAAAGUGGUCAGGUUAUACCAGGUUACGGACAUGCCGUUCUGAGGAGGACAGAUCCUCGUUAUAUUGUUCAAAGAGAAUUUGCUCUGAAGCAUUUACCUCAUGAUCCAAUGUUCAAACUAGUCUCACAACUUUAUAAGAUAGUGCCACAAAUUCUAUUAGAGCAAGGAAAAGUGAAAAAUCCAUGGCCAAAUGUUGAUGCACAUAGUGGUAUUUUAUUGCAGUACUACGGAAUGAAGGAAAUGCAAUACUACACUGUCCUGUUUGGAGUGUCUCGAUCUUUAGGAACAAUGGCAUCUCUGAUUUGGGAUCGUGCCUUAGGAUUACCAAUUGAGAGACCAAAGUCGAUGACGACAAAUGGUUUGAUGAAAGUUGUUGGUGCAAUAUAAAAUUAAAAUGAAACUGACUUCUUUAGUUAUUUUAAUAUUCUGCAAAAACUAUUUCAAAGUUUAAAACUAGCAAAAAAAAGUGCCUUCCUGGAUUUUGGUUGUAAUAUGAAUACUAACUUGUUUCUGCUGUUUAGUAAAGAAUGGUUGUAUUUAUUUAAUGUGUCAAAAGUAUACUGCUCAUUUAUUGGAAAUGAAAACUAAUGUAUCUAGUCUGUGAAUCAUGUACUUUUUGGCAUGGUCUGAAAGAGCAAGACAGUCAUUAGGAAAAAUGUUUGUCUCAUACAAAAUGAUGUUGUCAUUAUUUUAAGAGCAGUAAUAGCCUAUUUAUAUUCUAUUAACGUAAACAGAAUGUGUAAAAUAUUGUUUUCCAGUGUUGUAAAAUGUUAAUUUCAGGACUGGAACACUGCCAGGAAUUAGACAUUGUCAAACUAAUGAAUCUAGUCUUUAUUUUUAAGCAUGGAGAUGCAUUUUUAUUGCCAAAAAUGUAAUUCACUUAAAGCAAUUUAUACAUCAAAUUUAUGAAUUUUGAUUGCCAAAAAGAAAGAAUAACAUAUCAUUUUACUUUCAUUGUUAAUUUUUGAUAAAGAAUUUUUUUAAUAUAUAAUGUUAAGCUUUAAUCAAGAAUUAAAGAUAUUAUGUAUUGAUGAUAAUCUCAAAUAUGGCAUUUAUAUAGUUUUUCAUUUUUACUUGGAAGUGCAAUUACAAUAUAGAAUUAAAGGACUAGUGUACUAGUGCAUUUGUUUCACAAAUCAUAAUGCAUGUAUGCUUCACUAGUCUAUAGUCAAUUAUAAAUUAAUUUAAAAAGUAUAUUAUGUACAAAAAUUAGUGUCAUGAAUUUAAAACAAUUUGGCAUCUUGUGUUUCUACGCAGAAAAUGAUAUUGCACAAUGCAUUCCCAAAUGUUACAUUAUUGUGCAUCAUUACAUAAAAAUUUUUCAUAUUUUUAAUAUAAACAUACAUUGAUAAAAUUUUUCAAAUAAUAGUUUUCCUCCCUGCACUUCUAAACAAAUAUUGUUAAGACUUCCUAAGUUUUCUCUUUGAUAUAAAUUUGAUAAAAUUGAAAUGUAAAAAUAAAAUUCUUAUUUUUGAUAGUUUUACAUAUUGUAUAUAUGUUACUGACAUACAUUGUUUUUGAAUUUAUAAAUGUAUUUUUACAAUAAAAAAAUUAUUGUGCUCA